CGAAAGAAAGAAAAAAAAGAUAUUUCUCCUGAGCGCGAGUCACUUCUUGUACCAGACGCUCCACUCUCAGCUCUCCGCUCCCUCGUGCGUCGCUCUGCAAAGUAAGACGCUACGCCGUGUUCUUCUGUUCUGCUUAGAGCCGUUCUCUCGUUCCAUCUCGUGUUUACUCGUCACAUUCCUCUCGAAUCCAGUGAAAGAAUGAAGCGCAUGCUCCCCAUCCAGGCGGUCCCGGGGCAGUUCGGUCCUGAGGUACGGACUCCGGGCCUGUGGGUGUGGAGGGUGGAGAAGAUGAAGGCCGUGCUGCUGGACCCCACCGAAAUCGGAGCCUUUUUUAACGGAGACUCGUACCUGGUUCUGCAAAACCGCGGAGAGAACGGGGCCGACCUCCACAUGUGGAUCGGAGAGAAGUCGUCCUCGGACGAGCAGGUGGCCUGUGCCAUGUUGGCCACUCAGCUGGACGACUACCUGGGAGGUGACCCGGUGCAGCACAGGCAGCUCCAGUGCUACGAGUGCCCGGAGUUUAUGGCCCUGUUCCCCCGAGGCGUCAGCUACAAGGAGGGCGGCGUGGAGUCGGGCUUCAGGAGGACUCAGGGCUGCGGGCCGGUGCACAGGUUGUACCAAAUCAAAGGGAAACGUAACAUCCGUGCCAAGGAGGUGGACCUGUCCUGGGCCAGUUUCAACAAGGGGGACUGCUUCAUCCUCGACCUCGGAGACACUAUUAUCUCCUGGAUCGGCUCACAGGCCAAUAUCUUCGAAAAGCAGAAAGUAAGAGAAAUCGCGUCGCUCAUCCGUGACACAGACCGACAUGGAAAAGCCAAAAUCGUGGACAGCUGCGAGGGGGAGGAGCCAGAGGAGAUGCUCAAGGUUUUGGGGAAGAUGCCGCCGCUGGCUGAGAGCACGCCCGAGGAGGACAGCAAAGCAGACGCCUCCAACUCUGCGUCGCUCUACAAGGUGUCAGAUGCAACGGGAUCGAUGACAACAACCAAAGUGUCGGGGAAGAGCCCGUUUGCCAAGGAGCUGCUGGUGCGCGACGACUGCUUCAUCCUGGACAACGGCGCCAACGGAAAAAUCUUUGUGUGGAAAGGUAACGGGGCAAACGCUGAAGAGAAAAGAGUGGCUUUACAAAUCGCUGACAACUUCAUCGAGCAAAUGAAUUAUCCCAGGAUGAAAACACAGGUUGAGAUUCUGCCACAGGGGAAAGAAACCAUUAUUUUCAAGCAGUUUUUCCUCAACUGGAGUUAAGAAUCUGUCACAUUUUGGACUGGGGACGAAAAACGUUACACAAAAAGUUACAAUCUUAAUACAUUUCAUUUUUUUAUACUUGGAUGUAAAUAUUUGUAAGUUCCCGUGGCGCCUUUUUGACCAGAACAUUAAAGAUUCAAUGCCACUUUUGUAAAAUGCAUUUCCUAUGGGUUCAAAAAACAAAGAGUUGAACGAUUUGGAUUUUUUAUUACUUCGGUGGGAUAAUGUCAUAAGGUCCAAUAAAAGUGAUUUAA